AUGUCUAGUCUAUUGUCCCCGUGGACAUUGAUCAUCUCCCUUCUAACUGCAAUUGUCAGCGUUUCCUAUUAUACCCGCAGCCCAUCCGCUUCCGAGGUUGGAUCACCUCAUUGUGCAAGCUGGAAUACCUGGUACAACCCAUUUGAAUAUCCGUCAAAUAGGAGCCGAACGGUAUGGCAAGGCAAUGACUGGAAUCUACUCUAUCAUUUAGGUGGCAAUGGACCAUGGGUAGAGAAGAUCGACGGGCCUGGUGCUCGGGGUGUCGACCCUCCAAACGGGUGUGCCAUAGAGCAAGUGCAUAUGAUGUCUCGUCAUGGGGAGAGAUAUCCAACCAAGUCCGCUGGAAGUCGACAUCUCGCACUUUUGAGUCGUAUAAAAGAGGCAAAUAUAGUCCUAAAUGGGUCACUAUCGUUUCUGAACGACUGGUCAUACUUUACCGAUGAACCGCAGGAAGAUUUUGAUCAACUGGUCAGAACUGGUCCAUAUGCUGGCACGCUCCAGGCAUUCACAACAGGUGUCCGAUUUUCGACUCGGUACGGGCAUCUACUACAACGCCAUAGAAUGACAAGACUUUGGGCAAGCGACUGUGACCGUGUCAUCGAAUCAGCCCAGCACUUUGCGUCAGGGUUGUUCGGUCUAAAUUGGGAAAAGAAUGGGAAAGCUGCACUGGAGAUCAUUCCUGAAACGUUCGAUCGACGAGCCAACACUCUCACUCCGGGUGAUACGUGCUUAAAAUAUAUCGAAGACCCUGCGAAAGGCCAUGAUAACGGUGCCAACAUGCUUGCUCUGUUCCAGGGCGCGUACAUCCCAACUGUUGCCAAUCGACUGAUCAACGAUGAGCAAAAUUCGGCGCUUGGAUACCUCACUAACCUAGAAGUCUACGCUAUGCAAGAAAUGUGCGGGUUCGAGACGCUUGCUCGGGGGUCGAGUCCUUGGUGCGAUGUAUUUACUCGUGAAGAUUGGGAGAAUUUCGAAUAUGCUCGUGACUUGAUACAUUACUACCGUGCCGGUCCGGGUAAUCCCUAUGCUGGUGUAAUGGGUUGGCUCUGGCUUAAUGCUACGACUGCUCUUCUACGAUCUGGGCCGCAAGCUGGCACGAUGUUCUUCAGUUUUGUCCAUGAUGGUGAUAUAGCACCCUUCAUCACAGCAUUAGAUAUCUUGAAAGAUACGAAAUACGAUCCAUCCCUGCCUACUACGCAUAGAGUGGCUGACCGCGUCUGGCGUACUUCAUCCGUAAUGCCAAUGGGCGGACGGAUCGUGCUAGAGCGGUUGGCUUGCCCGGCCUCGUCGGUGGAGGAACCUAAGGGUAGGGAAGCCUUCCUUCGGAUAAACAUGAAUGACAAGAUUGUGCCAUUGCCAUAUUGUCAGUCUGGGCCUGGGCUGUCCUGCCCGUUGGAGGAGUUUGUCGGCCAUGUAGAUCGACGGAGAUCGGAAGUAGGGGAGUUUGGGGACGUGUGCGGAUUGAAAGGCGAUGUUGGGUACAUUAAUUUCUUACGACAUGAGUAG